UUCACCAUCUUCCUCCCAGCCUUGCUUAGAAAAUGAUAAUCAAAUGAAUAGCAAUCUAGUGUCCUGGGCUCCAUUCAGAAUCCUUCUGACUCAGUUGUAGGCUGCCUCGAUAGAAGUUCCUUUCUCUGGGUACUACUCCCUGAUCUCUCAUACCCAUUAAGGAUGAAACACAUUCAGAAAUACACGGAUCAGUUAUUUAAAGCUUAACCCCUCCUCUUAUCAUCAUCACCGUUUUUUGUUUUUUACUUGAAAUUCUGGAAAUCAAAUCAUUUUCAGACUGUUGUGAAGACUGAAAGCUGGAUUCCCCUUGUUGAUGGAAAUGCCACAAAAUCCAAGAGGAGAAAACACAUUGAUUUCCACCCAGCCAUUUGUUUUUUCUAGCGUAUCCCCUUCAGUUGAGAAUGGAUUUGACAUCAACUCCCCAGGCACAAAAGAGCGAUGUCACACACCCUUGAGCAAUGGCACUGUACUUUCAAAUACUAACAGUCCCUUGGACUCCUGCAUUCAACCCCUCUGCAAUGUCACAUCUGGUAAAUCUAGCCCCUGUAGUGAAGAAGUCAAAUAUGUGUCUGCAGAGGGAGAAAACAUUGCCUGCGGCUGGGGGGCUUUCGCCCCCGAUUGUUUACAAUUUUUCAAUACACCCAAAGGAAUACUCUUUUUCCUCUGCAUGGCUUCCUUUCUGCAGGGAAUGACUGUAAAUGGCUUCAUCAACACCAUCAUCACCUCCAUAGAACGUCGCUAUGAUCUCCACAGUUACCAGAGUGGGCUUAUUGCCAGUUCCUAUGACAUAGCAGCUUGUGUCUGUCUGACCUUCGUCAGCUACUUUGGAGGCACGGGACACAAACCUCGGUGGCUUGGGUUGGGGGUACUGGUUAUGGGGCUUGGCUCCUUUCUCUUUGCCUUGCCUCAGUUUACCACUGGUCAUUAUGAAGUGAACUUCUCAGAAGAGUUUGGAACGUGUGGCUCAAGUCAAAAUGUGUCCUGUACGGAAGGUACCUCAAGCCUCUCCAACUACAUGUUUGUCUUCAUGCUUGGACAAUUCCUUCACGGGAUUGGUGCAACCCCACUGUACACUCUGGGAGUGACUUAUCUUGAUGAAAAUGUCAAGUCAAACUAUUCUCCAGUCUAUAUUGCAAUUUUCUAUACAGCUGCAAUUCUUGGCCCUGCAGCAGGUUACCUGACUGGAGGUGCGCUGCUGAACAUUUACACUGAAAUUGACAGACCGACUGAGCUAACUACAGAAAACCCUUUAUGGGUGGGAGCUUGGUGGAUCGGGUUCCUGGGGGCUGGAGCAUCUGCUUUCCUCAUUUCUAUCCCCAUCCUUGGCUACCCUCGUCAACUGCCAGGAUCUCAGCGCUAUGUGGUAAUGAGGGUGUCUGAAACUCAUCAGUUAAAGAAUGGGAGCCAAAAGACAGCAUCUGAUCCAGACUUUGGGAAAACAGUCAAAGAUCUUCCUCUCUCAAUCUGGCUGCUGCUGCGGAACCCUACAUUCAUCCUGCUCUGCUUAGCUGGGGCAACGGAGGCCACCCUCAUUGCUGGCAUGUCGACUUUUGGGCCCAAGUUCCUCGAGUCGCAGUUCAGUUUAAGUGCUUCUGAAGCCGCUACCUUAUUCGGUUACCUGGUGGUACCAGCAGGGGGAGGAGGUACAUUCCUGGGUGGAUUCUUCGUGAACAAAUUUAAGCUCCGCUGCUCAGGGAUUAUCAAGUUCUGCCUUUUUUGCACAUUGAUAAGCCUGUUUGCCGUAUUCAUAUUUUUCAUGCACUGUCCAAACAUGCCUGUGGCUGGUGUGACACUUAAAUAUAAUGGGAGCAUCCUGCCAGAAGGCAGUAUACAGCUGUUGGCUUCCUGCAAUGAGAAAUGUGGAUGUUUGAGGGAGAUCUACAGUCCAGUGUGUGGUACAGACAAUGUGAUGUACUACUCUCCUUGCCAUGCUGGGUGCUCCACAGUGUCCAUACUUCCAAAGGGGGGCAAGAAGGUUUACCGUGACUGUAGCUGUAUUCCUCAGCAUUUCCCCUAUCGUUUGGGUCAUGCUACAGCAGGGAAAUGCACUUCAUCUUGUCAGAGAAAGUCCCUUCUUCUGGUUUUCGUAUUCGUUGUAAUUUUAUUUACAUUCCUAAGCAGCAUUCCUGCUUUAACUGCAACUUUACGGUGUGUCUCUGACCGGCAGAGAUCCUUUGCACUAGGAAUUCAAUGGAUUGUUGUACGCACUCUAGGUGGAAUUCCAGGCCCAAUUGCUUUUGGCUGGGUGAUUGAUAAAGCUUGCUUACUCUGGCAGAACCAAUGUGGAGAUCAGGGAUCCUGCUACAUUUAUCAGAACUCUGCUAUGAGCCACUAUAUUCUUAUUGCUGGAAUUGUUUACAAGGUGCUUGGGAUCAUUUUCUUUGGCUCGGCCUGUUUGCUGUAUAAACCACCAAGAGGGUCCCCAGACUCUGCAGUAGCAUCUCCUCCUAGCAGUUCAAGUGCUUCUGAAAACACCACUGACCUCCAAGAGCAUGGCUCUGCCCUACAAACCCAGAACAGUGUUUAAACAUCACACUGUCACUCCAUCUCAGCCCCAUAUCCCACUGUAUUAUUGAUACUUAAUUUCAUCACUUACAUCUGUAACCAAUAGCUUUGGGUUUCCUUGGAAGGGCUAACUAAACACUUAUCUGUUCUUAACAAAACUGAUUAACCAUUCUGAUGUGCUCCAAUCUCUUUUAAAAAGCACAUAUUGGAUGCUCAUGUUUCAGAGUAACUUGAGACAACUGAUGGUUUAAGCUUCGAUUUCCUCAGUGAAGAAAACAAAAGUUGUUCUAGUCACUUGCAAGCAUGAAGUGAGAAGGAAGGGAAGGAUGAGUCCAGUUCUGGACAUCGAAGAAAAGCACAAAGUUUCUUUGUUCUAAUUCUGCCUCCUCAAAAGAAAAGGUGGUAACAGCAGGAAGAGACUAAACAGAGGAGACAGAAAGGAAAAAAACCACCUGGACUUCAUAGGAAGGCAAGAAGCGCCUAUCUGAAUCCAGCAACACCAUCGCCAUGCACAGCUUCAUAGUGGAUAUUCAGUGUAUGUCAUGGAUGGAUUCCUAUUUGAUCUUGGGAGCAGCAGAAGGCUCAGCCAAGUCAGCACAAGGAAUAUCAGACUCCAAUUUGGUCUUCCUUACAUUCUGCCACUGCCAAAGCCUCUGAUCCUGUACCUUUUCCUAAACUCCUUAAGUUCCUCAACUGUGGUUUCUAUUUCAAAAAUUUGAAAUAGGUCAUCUUGAAAGAUAUAUAAGGAUCUACUUAGAGGCAUUGAUAGCUUUUUUUAAAAAAUAGAGACACAAAACAAGGAUCUAUGCAAUUUUAGAUUAGUUUUUUUUUUAAUAUCAAAUGGCUGAAUUUGCUUGAGAGUUAUGUGUGAAUUUUAGAAUUUGUUGUUGGAAUAUUUUUUUCAGAGAAGAGGAAGACUUUGAUGGUUUCCUCAUAUGCUCUUUGAUAUACAGACUUUUAAAAAUUGUGUGUUUUUAUUGAAUAUUAUUGGUGAAUGUAUGAAAUUAUUAUUCUCUCUUGGAAAAAACUACUGAUGAGAUAUGUAGUAAGAAGAUAGAGCCAAAAUUCUACUCCCCUUUGUCUCUGUUUCUCUGUGUCUCUCUAUCUUUGUGUCUCUGUCUCUGUCUCCCUCAGAUUUGUACGCAUAAGCACAAUUUGUAUUUAUUUAUGAAGAUAUUACCCAUUAUGGCUUCAAUCCCAAGUGUGACAAAAGAAACUUUUCUACAUACAAAUAGAUCCUCUGCAUGCCCUUUUAAAAAAUCAGACCAUUGAAUCAAGUAACAGUCCAUUAUAGCUUCAGUUAUCUGUGUAGUUGCCUGCACUUUGAUUUUAUAUGUGUAUGUUCUAACAAAGAAAGGCUUAAAGCAGUUAAAUUACAGCACUGUGAAAAAAGUUUUCCUUUAUGUAUACCUUUUUUUCCUUUUUGUUGACCUUUGCAAUGUAGAGCUGCUCUGUAACCACAUUGCCCCCCACUCAAGCACUUAUUGGGCCUGUUGUUGACCACUUAAGUCUGCAGUGACUUCUUGACUUGGACCAUUGAGGAGGAGCCUUUGAGAAGGGGGCCAUUCACAUAAAUAAAAUGAGACUUGUUUUAAGUAAAUACUUGUUAAGCUACAGCUUUUAAGCCUAAUAAAUAGGAUAUAGAAAGUGUGACUAAACUAUGCUCAGAUGUGAAGCUCAAGAUAUGUACUGGAGGUUAAACCUUAUGAAAAAUUUGUGUGUAUUUACCAUAUCCAAGCUGAAAUUGUAUAUAUGUACAGGUAUUGUAUUUUUAAUAUUUAAAGAUUUUCACACCUGUUGUAACAAAAUCCUAUAUUUCUAUGACUUCAGAAUUGACUAGUUUUUUGGUUUGUUUGCUUUUUUUUUAAACAAGGUUUUUGUAUAAACUUUAUUAGCUCCUAACUUGGUUAAAGAACGAAGAGCACUUCUGACCUCAUGGAUAACACACCUAAAAUGCCGAGUGCCAUCUUAGGUCUUUUGUUUUCCUGUGGCCCAAGGAAUGAUGUUUUGUUUGCCUGAAGUCCAUUGAGUCCCAGGGACCCAAGACUUUUGGGAUCCUCUUCCUCUUCACAGCACAAGUACUUCCUGCUGGAUUAGGACCAGGUAGCAUAAUUGGGUGAAGUUGUUAUGUUUGGGAAAACCAGAAUAAAAGUUGUCAGCCAUUUCCCUUCCUGGUGGCUCUGGUGUUGCAAUUGUGUGUGUGUGUGUGAGUGUGUGUGUGUUUGGGGAGAAAUAGACACACUAUAUCCUCAUUUCCAGCUUUAAAAGUAAUAUUCUCUUAAUGUAGCCUAAACCUAAUAUGAAUGUGGGUGGCAAGGAGAUUAGACUUAUUGACCCAUUUCUAGGGCUCCUCCUGCUGUUCCUCGUACAUAGGUAAUUCCUAUUUAUGGAGGGAUGGUUUCAUGGAGAAGAAAUCCCCGAGCUUGGGGCUGAAAUUUUCUCAGGCAGUCAUUAAGAUGCUGAGCUUUGAUACCUGUGAGAACAAAAACAAAAAGUGUGUGUGUGGAUGAGGGAACAAAACCUGAAACUCCGGCAAGAAAAGGCUUCUGUUGAGUAGCACUAGAUGCUGCCCGGCUUUCUGCUCUUUGAUGUCCUGACCUGAAUUCUUAGAGGAGAAAUGAUCCUUUGGAAUUAGACUAAUGGGCCUGGGAUAGGGAGAGAGAGGAAGGAAAAGGAGCAUUAAUGCCAAGCUCCUGAUAAACUUGUGAACCUGAAACAAAGCCAUCGGACUGACAGAAGUCUGCGAGCAGGAAAUUUGCAGAGAUCAGGACGUUGUAUUUCCAUUUACCUAUUUGUACUCAAUUGAGAGAAAAAAUAAAGUGGAUGCUUUAAUGUACAAAUAAAUAAGUUGAGAAAAUGUUAAUUUGUAAUAAUUAUCUUAGAGGGCUAACCCAACUGUUUUGGUUAACCAAAUUGCUUGACAAUUAAUUGUAUGAAAGUCCUUUUUUUUUUUUUUUAAAUAAACACAAACUUAAAAGAUUGCUUUUUAGAGAAAGAGGAAGCUUGUGGCAAAUCACGAAGCAGUAAACAACAGUGUGUGAAGAAUUGUCUCCAUGGCUUCUCUAUAUAAAGGACUGGUGUUCGCCGAGCCCCGACAAUGAACUUGUCAUCCCAGGCUAGCAUCAUUGGGCUCCAUAGCUCUCAGUUCUUUCUCCAUGGCAGCCAGACAGCAUGCUGACUGAUUUUCUAUGUCCUCUCAGUUCCUGGAUGGGGACAGUGAAUCGGGGUCAAUGCUGCGUACUUGAAAAGUUUUAGAGGCAAUGGAAAUCUAAAUGUCUUUUUGUGGCAAUGUGUUGUCCAUUGUGGUACAGUGAAUAAAGUACAAAAAUUAAAUCUCCUGAGAA